AUGCGCCUGAUCGACGUCAAGGCCUUUCUCCAGUUUGACGCGGAUACAGCUGGGCCGGAUACACAGCUUCUGGUGGAAUUCAAUGGUCCCGAUCUCACAGAGGCAGCAUAUGCCGCCAUACUGUCUCAUUGUUGGGGUAGACCAAAAGACGAGGUGCAGUAUACCGAGAUGGAAAGCCUUACGAAGAUGGAUGUAGCCGCCAGACGUGAGAUCCAAGAGCGUUAUGGGUACCAAAAGAUUCGCAACAGUUGCCUUGCCGAGCUGUCCGAGGCCAUCAAUUCUAUGUAUGCGUGGUAUGCGAAUUCCGACCGCUGCUAUGCAUACCUCCAUGACACCGAUGCUAAUGCUCUUCCCACCGACCCCGACAACGAUAAGUUUGCCGAGUCUAAUGGAUGGCCGAAGUGGUUUUCGCGUGGGUGGACACUCCAGGAACUCAUAGCCCCGGAGGACGUUCAUUUUUUUAAUCGGAACUGGGAGUUCGUUACCCGAAAGCGAAAGUGCGCUCGUACUCUGAAGGUCAUCACGCGGAUUUCGGUUGAUGCAUUGGAGAAGGGCCUCAGUUGGUCCUAUCCCAGUGUAGCACAAAUUAUGUCCUGGGCCGCUGACCGGAGGACGACGAGAGAAGAGGACCGUGCAUAUUCGUUAUUGGGACUGUUUGGCGUGUAUAUGCCAUUGUUGUAUGGGGAGGGGAAGAACGCGUUCCUCCGUCUACAGUUGGAAAUUAUACGAAUGACCAAUGACCAAAGCAUAUUUGCCUGGGGAUGGUCAAGGAACGCGGGGACGGCCCACAGCUUCCUGGCAAAUGACCCCAGCCACUUCCGCGAUUGCUCGAGCGUAAUCCGGAUGUCCCCUAGCGACUUUAUGGUUGCCCUCGAAAAGUCUUCUUCAAAGAAAUUACGAGAAUUGGCAUCUGCGGAAGAGAGAUUUCAAACAUUCACUGUCACUAAUCACGGCAUUGAAAUAUGGCUCCCUCUGAAACGUGAAUCCUACUCUGGAGAUUCAGAUUUCCUCUCUGCGAUCCUGGCAUGCUGCGAUGCCCGGGCCCAGUCAGGCCCCGUAACCAUCAUUAUCGAGCAAUUCCGUUCCAACCGCUCUAGAUAUUUUGGUCGGCCUUUGGUGGCUGAGAAUCAAACAAUACCAAUUGAGUUCAAGCCAAUCCUUCUCCCUUACCGAGACAAUAUCAACCUUAACAUCAGGGGUCCGUCAUCCAAAGAGAGCAGGUUCCGGGUUUUGGUCGAAGAUAUCAUACCCAGCGAUAGCGUCGUCCUGUAUGUACAAUCAGCGGAUCCCUCUCGUGACAUAUUCGUCCCUCUCAUUGACAGCGUCUUGGGUAACACGGGUUCCGGAAGGAGCAACUUCAUCAAUAAACUUACUGGGAUACCACCAGAACCGGAUGCAAACUCGCAAGCGACCUGCACGAAAAUUGCCGGCGCCUUCGCAAGCGUCCAUAACGGAAAACGCUUCGUUUUCAUAGAUACGCCUUCAUUGGAUGAGUUCGAUUUUAAAGCGAUAGAACAACUAUUGAUAUUACUAUACAAGAGAUCUAUCAGGCUUACAGGUGUCACUACACCGUCUGCGCGGCUGACGAAUUGGUGCGGGAAGGAAGCUAUCGAUCGAUUGCGACUGGUAUCAACCAUGUGGGAUCAGGUCGGCUCGAAACGUCGCACCAUAUUGCAGGACCGACUGGAAAAUGAGUUGAAACUCCAAGGAAAGGUCCGCCGUGAGAAGUUUGACAACACUCCAGCAUGGGCGAUUGUGGAGCGUCUAGGGGACGAAAAGAAAGCGCUUUCACUUCAAAAGAAAAUGGUUAAUGAUAAAACAACCAACUUGCGGGAAAUCUCCGGGCGCAACCAACAAGCUGUGGAUAUGCUCUCAAUGUAA